AACACGCGAUGGGGAGGAGGGGGUAAACCAGUCUAUGGGGUAGACCGUUGUCCUUAUUAAUGCUGUCAAGAGUUCAGUCUGGCACAGAAAUAAGUAAAAGUUUGCGUUUCCUAAAUAUCUGGGUGAACUUGUGAGAAACUUCAAGUCCUGACGAUGUGAAGAAUCAAUAUGGAUGACCUGCCCUGAAGUGGGAAGCGUGAGAUUGCUAAGAAUAGGACCACUGUUUUUGAUAACUUGCUUCCAUCGCCAGCAUAUGCAGUCAUGUCAAUCAAACUCGACAAAACAAUUUGCGUUCUUCUUCCCAACAAAGACCAGCUGGACAUCAAAGUUGGGCCAAGGACCACAGGACAGGAUGUCUUCAAUCGUGUAGCUGAGCGUCUUGGAAUCAAAGAACUGCACUUUUUUGGUCUCACAGUUGUCAAGGACAAUGAACACAUCUACAUAGACAUGGAAGACAAACUGACCAAGUAUUUCCCCAAGGAGUGGAAACAAGAAACGGGAAAGACAUUACUGAAGAAACCGUUGCCUCUGGUGCUCUGUCUUAAGGUUCAGUACUAUGUUGAGAAUGGAAGACUUCUUAGUGAACGCAAAGCACGGCAUCUGUACUAUUCAGACCUGCGUGAGCGAGUGCUGCGCUCAGAAUGCCGUCAGCAGGAGGAGGUGUACUUUCAGUUGGCAGGUUAUGCCUUACAGGCUGACCUGGGGGACCAUCCACCUCCAAGCAAAGACCUGGAGACCAUGCGUUAUUUUGAACCCAAAAAUUACUUCCCUCCAUGGAUUAUUGCAAAGCGUGGAGUAGACUAUCUUCUGUGCCAUGGUCCUAAAGUUCAUCAGGAUCUGUGGGGCAUGUCCUCCCGGGAUGCUGUCUUGCUCUUUAUCAGAGAGUCAUGCCGAUUGGAGGAUGUCCCAGUCACGUUUUACAAACUGCAAAAGGACAAAAAGGCUGAGAAAGGAACUGCGCUGCUUGGUCUGACCCUGAGAGGAAUGCAAGUUUAUCAGGAAGCGAACAACAUACGGCAGUUGGUGUAUGACUUCCCCUGGUCAAAUGUAGGCCGCCUCACUUUUCUGGGAAAGAAAUUUGAGAUCCAGCCAGACGGUUUGCCUUCAGCUAGAAAGCUUGUGUAUUACACCGGAUCAUCAUUUCGAUCUCGCCAUCUUCUCUUGCACUUAAGCAGCUGUCAUCGCCUCUACCUCAGCCUCCAACAUGCUCUUAAACACCUACGGCAGCUGGAGGAGACUGAAGAGAAAAAGCGGUACAGGGAGUCUUACAUUAGUGAUGACUUGGACAUGGAUCCUCCUGGGAGCGAGAGCAGUCCUGGUCUGUCUCGACACUCCACGAGCAGCUCUGGUAUCGAAGCAGACACCCGCCAACGCAGCAUCUCCACAGACAGAGCGUCUAUGGAGGAGGAGGGCCACAUUCAGACGGAGCUGUGCCUGAGCUCAGCAGCCAGCCGGGGUAGCUCCUGUACCUCUGGAGUGGAGGCUGGCAGUAAGACUCUAACUGAAGAUGACGAGUGGCCACAGGAAGACCAAGAAAAAACCCCAAAAGAAGAUCUUGUAGUUGACCACAAUGACAUGUUCCAGUUGACUGAUUCUCUUGAAGGUGUGUCAGUCGACUGCAUGGAUCUCUCAUUGUCGAAUCACUCAACAGAAAAUAAACCCGAGGAUCUGGAUUUGUCACAAAACAAAGAUAUGCAGAAACAGUUGCCUAAAUCCAGAGCCCAGUUGAGUGCAGACCGAUGCAGCCAAAGUCUUGAUGAUGUCCGUCUGCUCCCCUCUCCUGCCCCUUUGGGUAUGGCACUGCCUCCCAACUCCUCCCACAGUUGCACCUUUGGGUUCCCUGAUGCCCCCCUAAACAUAAAAACUCCCAUUGAACACAGUUAUUACCCACUUACACCGUGCCAAGACAAACCCACCUUCUAUGGUCGUAGAUCUACAAACUGCCUUUCCUUGGACUUGUUAGGAGAUGAGCAGCUACUGGAAUUUAUCUUCUGAAUGUAACAAGUAGGAAUGCACAUUCCUAUAACAAGUUCUGGAGUGCUCAAAGUUGUAAAAAGACAUUAUUUACAUCUGGGUAAAUUUACAACAGGAUUCCUCAUUUCAAAUAUUUUUAGUAUUUUUAGAGAGCUUAGCAGAAAUUUUAAUUAGACUUAUUUAUUAAUGUAAAUUGUCUGUAUAUAUUUUCACUCUCUUAUGUUUUUACUCCUGUGGAACAAUCAUUUUAAGUCUUUUUCUUGUGGGGUAUUUUGAAUGGUGCAUUCUGUUCUCUAUGAAAGUAUAAAGCUGGUCUGCUCUUACUCUCGUCUUUUUGAGGCACUUUUCUGUUUGUGGGGUUUUGCACUUGUGUUUUUCUUUUUUU